AUGGCUGGUCAGCCCAAGGCAACGGGGCCAAGGCUCCUGCCGACGCUCCGCUGCCUCCUGGUCCUGGCGGCAGCAGCACGCGCCGCCGCCGAGCUGCAUUUCCAGCCGCCGCUCGUGAUUCACUCCGAGUUUGACCCCCAAUCCUACUGGCUCAUCGCCGAGAACUUCCAAGGGCGCGGCGGCCGCGACGGCGGCAGCGGCGGCACAGCGACGCAUCAGCUGCCGUCCCUCAUAACGGGCUCGCUCAACGGCCCAAUCCUGUGGCACGUCAGGUCGGCAGGAACCAGCGGGGCCCGCGGCAGCGGUGGCGCGCGGGACGGGGCGCGGUGGGAGACGUUUGAGAUUGCAAACCUGAAGGGCGCCGUGCACGCCGCGCCCGUGGACGUCAACUGGGACGGGCUGCUGGACCUUAUAGUGGCCUACGCCUUUGGGCCCGGCUGCCCCUCUGACUGCUCCAAGGACGACGGGCGGCUGGCCUACCUCGAAAACCCGGGCGGCGAGUUCGGGGUCGCGUGGCGGGUCGUGGACAUCGGGAAGACGCGCCACCCGGCUCACCGCGUGGCGGUCCUCAAUAGGGAGGACCGCGCCCGCGCGCGCAUCGUCGGCGUGCCCGUCGCCGGCGUCGCGGACAAGUCGCUGGACGACCCCAUGUACAGCCCCUCGGAGGUCUUCGCGCUCUCGCUGCCGCCGCUGGGCGCGGUGCACGACCCCGACGCGUGGCGGGCGACAGAGCGGGUGGUCGCGGCCGACCUCACCAUCUGCCACGACGGCCGGCCCUGGUCCGGCGUGCUCGGCGGCGGCGGCAGCGACGGCGCCGCGGCCGGCGCGCGCCCGCACGGGGCGGCGCUGCUGCUGGCGUGCUCCCAAGGGCUCAUCUCCUACGACUUCACAACCUCGGACGACGGCCAGCGUGACGAGUGGCGGCGGAUCGGGGAACAGGCCUUUACCUUGGACUCGGACGCAAAGUACAAGGGACUGUCAUCGGCGGUCCAGAUUGGGGAGAGCUCUUUUGCCUUUAUCGGGCCCUACCACGGCAACACUUUCGGCAUCAGCACCGCCGACGGCCCACCUGGCUCCCAGCAGCAGGUGGUCCUGAAGGACGUGGUGGGGCAGGGCGGCCACGACGUGCAGCUGCUGGCCGGGGCUGACGGCGUGGAUCACGUGAUUGCGGCCUUCAGGGACGAGGCGCGCGGCAUCUACGUGUACUCGCCGGACCAGCACGGCGGCAAGAAAGGGGCCGCGGCCACGGGCACCCUGCUGCCCCCCGCUGAUGGGAGCGCGGCGGCCUGGCGGCGGCGGAAGAUCUAUGGAGGCCCGGUGUCCAUGACGGCGGUCGCCGAUAUUGAUGGGGACGGGCUGCAGGACCUGGCGUCCAUAAACUGGGGCCAGAAGGACGACUCCAGCGUCGUGGUCCACUACCAAGCAGCGCCCCCCGAACCCGACCACAUCUCUGAGCUGUGA